AUGGGUGAGGAGGGCCGGGGGGGGGCAUGUGCAGACGACUGCAGGGAUACCACAAACUGGCUAUAUGUGGCGACGAUGUCCGAGCGAGCAGAAGUCAAGGAUCCAGAGCAUAGCAAGGCAGCAGUAAACAGCGAAGAUCCUAUCAGAGCAGGGGAAACGCCUGUUGGGCACACGCUGAACGAGGGACCGACACCACCUGCACGUGAGCUAUUCUUGGGAUUCUGGAAGCUUGUCGGCACCAGUCACUAG